GUGGAUUGACACUUGCACAAGCGAUCAAAAAACAUCAUCCUGAAAAAUUCAAAGUUGUUGUCUAUGAACGCGACAAAGGACCAAGAUCACGUUGGCAAGGAUAUCACGUAAUUUUUCAUCAAAAAACAUCAAGACAUCUGAUUUCCGCCAUUCCCCAAAAUAUUUUAUCACGAAUAAAUCAAAUUACGGUCAACGCGGCUCCUCGAGGGAAAUUCUCAUAUUGUUUUAUCGACGAACAUAGCAGAAUCGUCGCAGAACAUGAAUCGGAACAGGCCGAAAAUAUUGAGAAACUUGCUAAUCUUCCACCAAAUUCAACACUUUUCUUGUCACGAGAUAGACUUCGCGAAACGUUGUUAGAAGGAAUAGAAAUUUAUUGGGAAAAAAAAUGUUGUGGAUACGAAGAAACGGAUGAUGGCGUAUGGGCUUUAUUUGACGAUGGGUCCAAAAUCUUUGGUGAUUACUUAGUUGGAUGUGACGGGAUUCAUUCACAAGUGAAAAAACAAAGAUUUCCUAGCAUUAAAACCGUCGAUUACAAAAUAUCUCUUUUGAUUUCGAACGUUGCGGUUUCAGAAAGGACCAUAAACCGAAUUCUGAAGAUAAGUCGUGGUCAUCUUCUAAGUACAUGCUUUGGAUUUAAAGGUUCAACAAACGUUAUUUUUUUCGACUUGAUGCCGAUCUGGGUUAAGUCUGAUCCUGAACCACGAUACAGAAUGACACUUCAACAUAUUUCAUCACCACAAGACUUUGAUGUCUUUAGUCCAGCUAAGAGUCCCAAGGAAUUAGUUGAUCUGAUUACUUCACAAAUUGAAAAACAACCUUCAAGUGAAUUAAGGUCCAUUCUUCUUGAAUUAUGGUCGCUCAUACCUACGGAGCCUGACCCAAAUUAUCCAUUUCAGUAUAUCCCCCUGAGCAGACGAACCGUAAUGGAUUUCGAUUCAAAGACACUUCCUAAAGAAUGGGAAACAACCAAGAUUACUUUACUAGGUGAUGCCAUUCAUAGUAUGACUGGACAUCUUGGGCUAGGUCUAAAUAAUGCAAUUAUUGACGCGAAUGUUCUUGCAAAUGCUCUUUCUCAUUUCGACGAUGAAGGAUGGGAAAAUUGCGUUAUGAAAUAUGAGAAAGAAAUGAGAGAACGAACAUAUCCGGAUAUCGUAGCUUCUCGAUUUGCUGCUGUUCGUGCUCACCUCAUACAUGAUGACUAUUUUUCAAUGUAUAAAAGAAAUGUAAAGUUGCGUUGGAAAGCUUUAAUGUCGAAAUUGUAA